AUGAAUCAGUUCAUGCAGAUGACUAUGACCAAUCAGAAGAACACAGAAGCUUCUAUUAAAAAUUUGGAGAUCCAAAUGGGCCAAAUGGCUAAGCAGAUGGCAGAGAAUCAGAAAGGGAAGUUCCAUGCCAAUACAGAAGACAAUCCCAGGGAGCAUUGUAAUGCAAUAUUCACAAGAAGUGGGAGAGUAGUUGGUGGAGAGGUUGGUGAUGAGAUUGAUGUGGAUGAAGAGAAAAAUGAGAGCCAUGAUCCAAAAGAGAGUGAAAAAGAGGAAGAAGUUGAAAAAGAAGAAGAAAAGAAUAAAAGAGAGGUUGUAGAUAGAGAAGUAAAGAAAAAGAGUGAAAAAAAUGAGAAAAAGAAUGAGAGUGAGGAAAUUAGGUGGAGUCCGCCUAUCCAACGCUUGCCAUAUCCUCCUAAUUCCAAGAAGAUUGAUCAUGAGAGGCAAAGGAGGAGGUUUAUUGACAUUUUCAAGCAUUUGAACAUCACCAUGCCAUUUUCUGAAGCAUUGGAGCAAAUUCCGUCAUAUGGCAAGUACAUGAAAGAGCUUUUGAACAAAAAGGACAAGUUGAAAGCACUGCAUGAAGAUGAGGUGAUCCAGCUCAAUGGACGUUGUAGUGCAAUUCUACAACGCUUACCACCUCCAAAGCAUAGAAGUUCCAAGAGUCUUGUCUUGCCGGUUAAACUUGAAAACAAUCAAUCCUGUAAUGCACUGAUAGACUCUGGGGCUACUAUCAAUUUAAUGCCUCUUUCCUUGUUGAAAAGGUUGGGAGAUGUGGAAGUAGAGCCUACAGGGAUGACGCUGCAACUAGCUGAUAAAUCAGUCAAAUUACCUCAAGGAAUUGCAGAGAAUGUGACUGUGAUGGUGGAGCAACUGAAUUUCCCAAUAGACUUUGUGGUUGUAGAUGUUCCUGAAGACAAAGAGAUCCCAAUCAUUUUAGGGAUGCCAUUCAUUAUCACUGCCAGGAUAGCAUUUGAUGUAGAUACUGGGAUCCUGAAGGUGAGACAAGGUGAAGAUGAGGUACAUUUUACAGUUUUUAGUGAUAAUCAUCACCGACAAAGCAAAGGUAUGGUUUCUUUAAUUAAAAAUGUUGGUUUUGAUUUGGAAAAAUUAUUUGAUGAGCAUGAUCCAUCAUCAUCUUCAAUUGAUGCAUCAAAUCACUUGUCUGAGCUUGAAAAUGCAAAAACUAAACAUUGUGAAAAUAAAAACUGUGAUUUUGAUGGUAAAGAGGAUGUGAAGAAUGGAUUAAGGAAGAAAGGAAGGAUAAGAAAGAAGAAAAAGUUUUCUAAGAUGUGGAAGGUUGUGACUACGUGUCAAAAGUGCUUCAAAGAACUUCUGAAAAAGGAGAAGGAACCAAAGAGGAAGAAGGGAACCAUUCUCUCCUCUUGUCUUUGGUCUCCUUGA